UCCCCCAGGAGAUGGAACUGAUGGGAGAGUUUGACUAUGAGAUCCUGAGUCUGCCCGACGACCAGGCGACCGACUGUCUGUACAUGAAUGGGACGAUACUGCACUGCACCAAGGAGGAGUUUCCUGACAGUUAUAAGGUGUUUGAGACGGUGACAGACUACCACAGGGUUGCCGUGUCCAACAGGGAGCUGAGGAAGGUGGGCGGGGCCCUCAGCAGGCUCGCACUGCUCAUCCCCCUCACCAAGACUAAGUGAACCUCCCCCUCCAUGACCCAGCACCUAUCAUUAUCAUUUGUGAACCUCCCCCUCCACAGCCCAGCACCCAUUGUUGUCAGCUGAACCUCCCCCUAAACUCUGCUUUUAUCAUUCUCAUCUGGACUUC